AUGGAGACCCUUGAGAACCUAAUCAACUGGGCCGAAGCCAAGGGAGUCGUGCUCAACGGCAUCAGGCCGGAGCGGAUCGCCGGCCGUGGCACCGGCGUCAUCGCAACCCACACUGUCACGGCGGGAGAUACGGUCCUCAGCGUGCCCACUCCGGUCCUUCGGUCACUACACACGGUUCCCAAGGCGAUAUCCAAGAGCUUGCCUCGUGACAUCACACUCCACGGCCUCCUCGCUGCAGAUCUAGCCCUGGACCAGAGCUCUGUAUACGAUGUCUGGAACGCCGCACUUCCCACCAAGGCUGAUUUUGAGGCCGGCGUGCCCAUCCUGUGGCCGGAGGAGCUUCAGGCCAUGCUGCCCCAGCGGGCGGCGGAUCUACUAAGGAAGCAGCAGACAAAGUUCCAACGGGACUGGGACAUGGUAGUAGCAGCCUAUCCCGAGGUCGAGAGGGAGCAUUACCUGUACAACUGGCUCCUCGUGAACACACGUACUUUUUAUUACACCACCCCGGCAUUGGAGAAACGGGCCCGGGAAGACCGGAUGGCCCUGCAGCCUGUUGCCGACCUUCUCAACCACGCCGAUCAAGGCUGCAAUGUGUCUUUCUCGACUGACGGCUUCGCCAUCACCGCCAACCGGGAGUACCAUGCUGGAGAGGAGAUUCACAUAAGUUAUGGGGCUCACUCCAACGACUUUCUCUUUGUCGAGUACGGCUUCGUGCUGGACGACAACCGGUGGGACGAGGUGUGCCUGGACGAGGUCAUCCUGCCGCGUCUGACCAAGAAGCAGAAAGUAGAAUUGGAAGAGGUGGGUUUCCUGGGGCAGUACAUGCUCGACGCAGAGACGGCCGGGUGUCACCGGACUCAGGUCGCCCUGCGCCUUCUGUGCUGUACUCCCGGGCAGUUCAACAGCUUUGUCAAUGCCGAAGACGACGGCGAGGCAUCGCAAGCGAAAGUAGACGCCUUGCUGGAGGAGCUUCUCCUGAAGCUGACCAGCUCCAUCAAUCAAACCCUGGACAGGAUCGGCGGCAGUCAUGUCGGCGACGCCAGCCAACGGGAGCUUCUCAGCACGAGGUGGACACAGAUGAAGAACAUGAUAUCGUUCACCUUUAUCCUUCCUCUCUUUCCCAGGCUCCUGGAGUUCUACCGAAAUAUCGAAGCUCCCGCCGAGUCAACCCCCGGUGCAUCCCCGACCGUGCUCUCUCGUAUACUGGGAUAUCUGAACGCGUACAAGGCAGCCUUUGCUCGGCCCAUCGACACUCGAUAUGACAUCGUCUUGCUAGGAGGUGCUCUCGGCAGCAUGUUCUCGCUUCUGCAAGCGUUCGCAUCGCCAGUGAUUGGCCAUCUGUCUGACCGCCAUGGACGACGAACAGCAUUGCUCGCUAGCAUGGCCGGCAACAUCCUCUCGGUGCUCCUCUGGGUCAUGGCCGUCGACUUCCGCACGUUCCUCCUCUCGCGAGUUGUAGGGGGCUUAUCUGAGGGCAACAUACAGUUGACGACAGCCAUGGCAACCGACAUCUCUGACGAGGCGAACCGGUCGGCGACAAUGGCGAUGAUCGGAGCCUGCUUCUCGAUUGCCUUCACCAUUGGCCCAGCGCUAGGCGCCUGGCUAAGCUCGUUCGCUACCAUUGCGGCCAACCCGUUUGCGACGGCUGCUGGGUUCUCGCUGUUCCUUAUUGUGACCGAGACGAUCUAUCUCUACUUUUAUUUGCCCGAGACUCUUCCCUCGAAACGGGCGUCUGACACGGGGAAUGGAAAAGCGAAAACUACUCGAUCCGUACCGGUGCCGCGUACCAAUUCGCAUUUUCUUCUCAACGCAAUUCAUCUAUCUUUUCUUCUUUUCUUCUCCGGCAUGGAGUUCUCUCUGCCGUUUAUGACGUACGAUCUUUUUCAGUACACCUCGGCCAACAAUGGCAGGCUUCUGGGGUUUGUCGGCAUCGUGUCUGCUGUUCUCCAAGGAGGUGUCACUCGGCGGCUUUCACCCUUGUUGAACGUCAAGAUCGGGGUUGUGUCAUGCUUGAUUGCAUUCAUAAUGCUCGGGUUUUUGAACAACGUCUAUCUUCUCUACGUGGCCGCCGCCUUCCUGGCGACGACGUCCGCCACGGUGGUGACACAUCUCAACGCUCUUAGCAGCUUUGAGGCGAGCGAAGACGAGCGAGGAGGCAAGCUCGGAAUGCUCCGGAGCUGGGGCCAGCUUGGCCGCGGCCUGGGUCCCGUGUUGUUCACGAGUGUCUACUGGUGGGCUGGAAGAGGGGCGGCGUACGGGAUGGGCGCCGUCGGCAUUGCAUGUGUCAGUCUUGCUGUGUUCUUGGGGCUGAAGUCUCCGCCGGGGUCAGAAAAGGGAAGCAAGCAGGCUGCAGAGAAGAAGGCUGCAUAG